AUGUCAUUCGGUUGUCAUUACGCGCAACAGCAACGACACAGCGCAUCGAGAGAGAGCAAAAGUUGUGAUGAUGUUUUCUUUGCCACAAACCAAUAACAAUCUGCAGGGAAAAUAGUGCAACGCGGUAUCCGUAGUUGUGCCGGACGGGUUGUUAUACACUUCUCAUCCAACCAGCUGUAUAUCCUGGUGUUUUUCUUUGCGAAGAUAAUUUAAUUGAUGUCGUUACUGUGGUCAGCAAUAGUGUGGCUUGGCGAUGGAACACGAGCAGCUAUAAUUUAAUGUCAAUUGUAGCGAUGAGGCACUACAGUCAGUAUUUGCAAUACCAAAAGGCAUCGGAAACGGGUUUAAAUGCGCGUAUGUGAAAUCUAACAUUCCCGGCAAAAAUAUACACCGUUACGCGCGAAUUUUCCUUGCCAAAAAGCGAAUGAUCUUAUCGAUCGCCACUAAUCGUCUGUGAUACAACGGUACGGAUUGUUUGCGCGUGCGAGAAGGUAACGACGCGAAAUGUCGUCAGGUGGAAACAUAUACGCCAUCAGCACAGAACGGUUCCGUGCGAAGGUGGUAAACGUUCCGCUUUCGUUGGGCGGCAUAAAUGCGGGAGGCGGUGGAAGUGGAAGUAGCAGUAGCAGCCUUAUGUCGGGCAGUGAUGCGACCGCAACCGGUACGCCAAUUGCCGCAGCACCGGCCGAUCCCCUGGCGAUCGAUGAUAGGAUCGAUAUCGAACCCGGUAUGACACUGCAGAUCGUCGAACAACCGUCGAGCAAGAUUGCGCUGAUCAAGAUUAAAGAUUUUUACGGCAUGACGACAACAGCGAACAGCCGUGGCACCGGAACACCGGGCACAGUGAACAAUGUACAGACUAACACGUACGAGAAUCGAAUAUUUCAAUGCCAGGCGGCAAACCUGCAACGGAUCCCCUCCGAUAUAUGGCCGUACAUCAUAGCAAUACUGGAUCCACAAGAACGGUGCGAGUUCGCGAAACGACCGAAAGUGUUCGGUUCGGUGAAACAGCUCCGCACCGGCGACAUUGUGAUGGUUUCGUGGCUGGCCAAAAAUCGGCACGUGACUUACGAUUGCAUUAUACGUUACGUGGGACCGGUGCCGAAAAUCGGACCCGGUUACUACUUUGGACUCGAGCUACUGAAUUUAGAAAAUGGUGAAUCGCCUCAAAAAGAUGACAUCGAUUUUGUGUCCGACUACAUGAACUGUGAGCCACGGUUAGCAUUAAUUGUAGCAGCGAAUUGGAUCAAAUUUCCGGAACACGAAGCUGCCGGCAAGCAGCAUCAUCAUAAGCGCAACCUGCUGGACAGUUUAGUGUGCGGUGCAAGAGAUCUUAACAAUCGCUUGUCGCGAAGGACGGGCAGCAGCAGCAAACAUUCCACAGACGACUCGUCGGGUAAAGGUGGAGCGAUCCGCAGUGGGAAGGUCAUCAACGGUGAAUACCCACCGUACGCACGAUCGUAUACGCCGGAUCUAACGAGCAACGGUACGGGUGGAUCGAACCGAAAGUCUACCGACAUCGGUACACUGUACGAUAGUUUCAGCUGUCUGCAGAUGGACCCGGCCGGUACAAAGGCAAUGCACCAUAAGAAAAUUGCUGCAUCCAUUUCCAGCCCGAAUCUGUCGAAGCAAGAUAGCAGCAGCAGUACGGGAAGCUCUGGUCGGUACGUAAACAGCCAUCCAAUGGAUAGCUACGGGGAUGAGUAUCACCGAUUUGUCGAGCAUAGUCAGCAGCAUCAGCAUCACCACCAUCACCAUCUCACGGACGAAGCGUGCCGUAGCUCAGGGCGUAGCUCGCAGAAUAGCUCGAACAGUAGCACGCUAAAGCAUUCCAAGACGAGGUCGGGAAAGGUGGCCCGUUCGUCCGGAUCCAACUCGUCCGUAAAUAGUGCUGGCGGGGGUGGAUAUCAUUCUGUUAGCAAGCAGAGCACCAUACUGAGCUUACCCGAUCGUGAUGUGGUGGUAAUCGAUUCGAACGAGAUCGAUGAAGCGAUCAAGAGCGCGAGUGACGUGAUCGUGGUCGAUCCACCGCCAGUUCUCAGCCCAACCGAUAAUCGCGAGGUAGAGCUGAUGGAUCUGUUGGGCAGCGGCAGCUGGCCAGCAGAAGCUGGUGAAGUGGCCGCGAUACUUUCAGGGAACAGCAGCGAUAAGAAGACGCAAACUCCACCGACGACUGCGUUGGCAUACGGGAAUGGUUUGGCAACGGGGACGGGAUACAACACCAGCGGGAGUACUAGUAGCAAUAGUACGGCCAACAGCAAUCACAGCUAUCAUAGUCACAAUGGGUCUACCGCAGCCGCCCGUUAUGAACGGAAUAAAUCGCUUAAUCCUCUUGCACACAUCGGGAGCCCGAAACCUGUUGAAACGCUUGCAUCUGGUUCACGAAAGGUUCGGACGGGCGAUAUUAAACCCGCCACGGUGGAUGUAGCAACAAUGACGAAACAGAACGACGGUGUUAUGACCGGAGGCUACAUCACAUCGAACGGUAUCGGACCGGCCGUAGUAUCGAAUGGCAAUGAUAACAACGGGACGAUCACGACCAACGGUCUACUUCCUCGCAUCGGUUCCAUAUCGCCAGAAUCGGACAACGGUGGACCACCAGCCGUAUCACCACUGCAAGAGCUUCCGAACGAUCCGUCGCUUGGCGUCGGUUCGAUGGUGGAGGUUACGCUCGACGCGUUCGAGACACCCGGCUCAACGACGGCAACGACGGAUCCGCUGCUGUACGGUGUUAUACGCUGGAUUGGACCACUGCCAACAGCGGGCAGUGGUAGUAACCAUCGUAAGGUGAUGGUCGGUGUCGAGCUGGAAGAUGAACCAAUCGAUCCUACGCUUGAAACAACCAACGGAACGCACAACGGUGUGAGGUUAUUCAAAUGUCCUGCCAAUCGUGCAAUAUUUGUGCAUACGAGUCAGUGUAGCCGGGACCGGAGGUUCCAGGACAUACCGCCUAUGUCACCGUGCACCUCGCGAACAACUCAAUUGUCGUCCGCGGGCAGUAAAACCGACACCACCAUGUUUGGGAAGGUCGAUUGCCCUGUCGUGAAGGGAAGGAUGCCACCAUUGAAAAUUCUAAAACUGGAGGAACUGGAAGAAAUUUGUGGCAAGUUUAAGGGUAUACAGGGACACCAUAAUUCCUGCUAUCUAGAUGCAACCCUCUUUGCGAUGUUUACCUUCACCAGUGUAUUCGAUUCGUUGCUAUUUCGGCCUAAAGAGCCAGAGGACAAUCCACAAUACGAAGAGGUGCAAAGAGUUCUCUUGGAAGAGAUAGUUAAUCCACUGCGGAAGAAUCACUUCGUGCGGGCAGAUCGAGUACUUAAGCUGCGCCAGCUGCUCGAUCGACUAAGCUCCGUUACGGGGCUGAUGAGUGAAGAGAAAGAUCCGGAAGAGUUUCUUAACAGUUUGCUCGCGCAGAUCCUUCGUGCUGAUCCGUUUUUGAAGCUAAGUUCCGGUCUAGACACGUUCUACUAUCAGUUAUUUGUGGAAAAGGACGAACGUUUAAACUUGCCCUCGGUACAGCAACUGUUCGAGCAGAGUUUUUUAGCGUCCAACAUAAAGCUGAAAGAAGUACCGUCCUGUUUGAUCAUCCAGAUGCCUCGGUUCGGGAAAAACUUCAAGAUGUAUCCCCGUAUCCUUCCUUCUCAGGUACUCGACGUGACGGACAUCAUAGAGGAUUCUCCUCGUCAGUGCUGGGUAUGCGGAAAACUAGCGGAAUACGAAUGUCGCGAGUGUUUCGGCAAAAUGCAAUGCGAAGGUUUGGAGGGUACGGCAAUCUGCAAGAGCUGCAUCGACAGCGUUCAUCACCAUAGCAAGCGGUUGAACCAUAAACCGGUACCAUUGUCGGUGCCGCAAGAUUUCAUCCCGAUGGCUCCACACUGCGAAGUGCCUCGAUUGUACAUGGAGCUCUUCGCGGUUGUUUGCAUUGAAACGUCCCAUUACGUAGCGUUCGUGAAGGCUGCCUCCGGUCAGGAUGCUCCCUGGUGUUUCUUCGAUUCCAUGGCUGAUCGUAAUGGUGAGCAAAAUGGCUACAAUAUUCCAAAAAUGGUUCCGGUACCGGAUCUACCCCGUUGGCUAACAGAGGAAGGUUCACGGGCGUUAAACGAGGAGGCAGUCAACGAUAAAAUGUUACCUGAGCAUGCCAAGCGAUUGCUGUGCGAUGCUUAUAUGUGCAUGUACCAAAGCACCGACGUCAUGAUGUACCGAUAAAUGGCAAUUUGGGUCCAGUUCUGUGUCAAUGGUCAAACAUUUUAUAACAAAACAAAAAUCCAAACACGUUGUUGCAAUCCCUGAUUGAAUCGGUGGUGUUGACAGGUGCACACAGUCAAUGUUGAAAACGGUGUCAAUGGCUCACUUAAUGUCCAGUGGAAUUUCACAAAACAUGCACAGGCUCAAAUACACAUUUUAUCAAUGUUGUACAUCAAAGGUAGAACAAAUGCAAGUACCGUUGAGCCAAAAAUUUUGGACCAAAACCUCUAUGGGAUGGAGAUGAAAGUAAAAAAGAGAAAAGGAAAAGGAAGUGAGUUAACACCGCCGAGGGAUUCGUUGUUAUUGGAGUUAUUUUUGUUUUGUUGAAAAUGCACUAACUGGAAACAUACACACACUUGCAAAAUGUUACAUAUUUCCAUCAACUUAUCUAAAAUGUACUACUUUUUCUGCUAGUAACGGUUGAAGAAAGGGUGAAUAUGCUUUAGAGUUAAGCCGAUAUACGCUAGUGAGAAAGGCCUGGUUAAAAGUUCUUCAAUAUUUAGAAAAUAGAACAAAGUGCGUAAAACUAAACGCAGCGGAAAAGCAAAACAAAAAUACCCCGAUUAGAUGAAAACAAAGCAAGAAUCUAAAAAGAAUACACUUAUACAUCUAUACUUAUAUAAAAAAGGAAGAAAUGAAAUAAUAUAUGUAUACUAUAUUAUAUAUAUAUAUAUAUAUAUUUAUACAUUAUACAUGUAGGAAAACAAAACAAAAAUUGGCAAUCGAACGAUGUUAUGAACGGCUUCAGAGCAAACUCUAUACUUCAGAAGAAGAAUCGAAGAAGAACUAGACAAACUGGGACAAACCUAUCUCUACUAUGCAGAAAAGCAAAAUGGCCGGGAUACAGUUUAGCGUUAUAUGAUUCCGCGAUUUAAUUUAAAGAAUAAAAAAACGAUGACAAAUAGAGCUGAACGUAAAUGCGACGGAGAACAACUAAACACACACACAAACCUAGGACGAAGAUGCAACAUCGUCUGCAUCCAAAACCGGAAAGAAGUCUGUGAAAAUAUUUGCAAUAAUAGAGAUUUAAUAGGUCAUUUGGAGAGCAACAUGUGGUAUGAGCAACUAACGAAAUUAUGUUCCGUGGUUAUCUGUUUUCCUAUGGUGUUUAAAGGGUCGCUACUGAACGUAGGUGUGGUUACGGAUUUUUGGCAUAAAAUAAAACGAAAGAAAAAUGAUGGAAUUUAAAUAAGAGAUCAAGCAGAAAAAAGGAAUUAACUGUGAGUCCAAGAAGCAUUCAUUCAUGGUUACGGAUAGUUGGCAGUAGUAUGAACAACUGUGUAAUGGUAGAUUCUUAGCAGUUUAAACAUCAUGUUAAGCUGAACACUAACUCUAAGCGUAAGGAUUAUGCGCAUGACAGCUGGACUGUCUUGGAGAUUUACAUUGUGUACCCGGGGGUAAGCGACCGAACAUGCUUCUUGCUCGUGAGCAGCGAGAAAAAAACGGACGCCUAGGAAGAGCCUUUCAAUUUUAUUAGUGGCGUUACACAUUUGCCACAAAACAGGACAUAAUAUUUGUUUAACAGCUUAUAACAUUUACCUGCAUGUGUUUUGGAUGCUUAAAAUUUGACGCUUUGAAUGGCGAUGUAAUCCUUGAGCUGUAGGAGCCUUAAACAUGUCGGAACACUUAAAAUAUUCAAGUACAACUAUGUCGGCAAUAGUUUAGCAUGAUUUAGAAGGCGGCAGCAUUUGAAGUAAAUCAGCAAAAUAUAAGGAGAACGAUGGAUGGAGUUGCUUACAUUAUGUUACUCGUGCUUGAUAAACAACCAUUAGCAAACAUUGAUACAAUGGAGACGUGUGCCUGGUUGAUGAUCCAUUGCAAUGUCUAAAAUGGAAACGAUUCUUCAGCUCAUCUAAAGUUAUUUUUUUAUUUGAUUGGUUUUGGUCUGCGUGGGCUAUCUGUGAUUUGAAAUACCCCUAGUUGAAUAGUUACUACCCACAAGCACAGUUCAAUCAAGAGUUAAACCUUUGCAGGUCUGUCUGUUAUGUCAUCCUAGUAUUCCACUAGAAGAAGCACAAUUAUAAAGACAUCGAACUAUUGAUAUAAAUGAAGGGGAAGAAAUUUCCCUCCUAUAGUUUUUUCGACCAAUUUCCUAAACAUUGGACUAGUUUUGCCUAACACCCGUUGCUAACUGGAUUUAAAUUCUUUGCCACCACCAUGUACGUAUUCCAGCUUUCGCUUCCCUGCAAACACUUGAAUGGGUUGUGUGUUUUGUAGUGUUUUUAUCUCGAACAAAAACAAAUAUAGAAGAGCAAAACUGUAGAUUAAUGUUGCAAAGUUUGCCAUACCAUUUGAGGCGCUGCUUAAUUGUUUCUUGAAAUCGUUAAUAAUGCGGGAAUGCGUUUGUGGCGUUACUAAAGUAGUCGUGUUGCACGAUGGUAGUACAGUAGUGUUGGGUUGUCCUUUGAAGCGAAGGCAAAAGUAACCAAUUUACUAAAGGAAAAUGGUAACAGCAGGAAGCUUUGGAUGUUUAUGAACCGAGUUUCACAAACACAGUAGCAGCAGUUAAAUGUGAACAAACAAGUGUCACCGGUUUGUGGAAAGUAAAUCAAGCGUAGAAUGAGCAUUAGCGGUUGCAAGUAUUUAAAAAUGCAUACAUUAUAUAAAUUGUGGGAAAACAAUCGUACCGUAGUGGUGUGAUUGCCGUAAAGAGGAGUUUGUUUCUUCAAUGUUCGUGUUUCAUGUUGUAAUGAAAACACCUUCGAUACCUGACAAGUAGCAUAUUGGAAGGACAAAAGAAACAGCCACAAACCACUUAAUAAUGUUAGAAGAAAAAAAAACACACACACACACUAAACUUCCCUUCUUCUACGCUGCAUCUUAUAUCUCUACAGCCUAAAAACGGCAACAACAAUUUAGCCAACGAUUUGGUUUCUCGUGGUUUUCAAAUCCAAAUACGACCGGAAACAGAGAAGCUGGUGUUGUGAAGAAAAGUGUCUUGUUUAGAGGAGAAGAUGUUUCAAGCGAUGCAGUUACUUUCUAGUACCUAGUAGACACCUGUUUGUGCGCAGUGGAGUGCGAUGUGCGAGCAAGAUUUGUGGAGCUAAAAUAAACGAGGGGCAAUCGAACGAAGGGUCAACUCUUAUGCGCUUAUGAUAUCGUGGAUGAAGAAGAAGGGCGAAACAAAUAGCAUCUACGAACAAACAAGUACAACAAAAAUGCAACAGCUGGUUGGUACACUCUCGUACAUAGUACUCCAUCUUUCCCCCUUAUACCGAUGGCGAUAGUAGUAUCUAAUUAUACAUAUGCGCUAUAUAAUUACACACUAAUCACUCCUUACUAGAUCCAUUUUUUCUUAUUGCUACUCCCCUUUGGAUACCUGACAAACUGAGAAGAAACAAAACGAACAAAACAGUUCACCCGCAUUAAUACAAAUCUAACCACACGGAGAGUGCUGGCAGGGCAAGCGCAGGAAGUUGUUGGAGAAUUUUUUUUGUUGGGGGAUAAUGUCCUAACUAAAAUAGUAACGUUCAUCUAAAAACAGACACUCACACACAAAACGCUUACAAAGCAACCAUACCAGGGGCAGCUCUUGGCGGAACCUGGAAAAUAGGAUGACAACCCCUUCAACCCUACUGUGUGUGUCCUGUAGCAGGUGGUGAUAUAAAUGUAGAAGCAGCUACACAACUAUUUAUGAUGUUCUCUUACUAUAGUAGCAGCAGAUGGAAGAGCCGCUUUCCAUAGUGCAAAAUAAAAAAAACGAGUGUGUAGUGAAAUCUACGUUGGUAAUCGAUCGAGAUCGGAAAACAACUAAUGGCCAAACCAGAGAAAAAAAAAUCAAUAAACGCUGACAUGUAAAAUUGGUCCGUAGUUUUAAUUUGUAACCAGCAAAGGAGAUGGUA